ACGCUUAUAAAUACCUCAUUCUCUGCAUUGCUUAUUAGACAUCAAAUUAAAGAAAGCACAGUACACAAUGUCAACUUCUCUGCGUGAAAACUCUUCAAUCUGGUUUUUCCUUCCAAUCGCUACCUUAAUCAUCUUCUUUUUACGAACUGUCAUCAAAUGCAGUCAUAAUUUCAAUUCUGCAAUGGCCAGAAAAACCUUACCACCAUCUCCUCCAAAGCUUCCAAUAAUAGGAAAUCUCCACCAACUUGGCACUCUCACUCACCGCACUCUCCAUUCCUUUGCUCAAACCUAUGGCCCUUUAAUGUUACUUCACUUUGGAAAGGUGCCAGUUCUUGUUGUCUCAACGGCCGAGGCAGCUCGUGAGGUUAUGAAAACCCAUGACCUUGUUUUCUCCAAUAGACCACAUCGUAAGAUGUUUGAUAUCUUCUUGUACGAUUCCAAAGAUGUGGCAUCUGCUCCAUAUGGCAACUACUGGAGGCAGAUAAGGAGUAUCUCUGUCUUGCAUCUUCUCAGUGCAAAAAAGGUUCAAUCCUUCGGUGCAGUGAGAGAAGAGGAAAUCUCCAUAAUGAUGGAUAAGAUUAAGCAAUGUUGUUGUUCUGUGACGCCUGUGAAUUUAACUGAUUUAUUUUCUACGGUCACAAAUGACAUAGUGUGCAGAGCUGUUCUCGGAAGGAGAUACAGCAGAAGAGAAGGGAGUAAGUUUUGGGAGCCAAUGAACGAGAUGAUGAAGAUGUUGGGUGCUCCAGUUAUAGGGGAUUGUAUACCUUGGCUUGAUUGGGUGGGAAGAGUUAAUGGAAUGUAUGGUAGGGCAAAGAGAUUGGCUAAACAGCUUAGUGAAUUUUUUGAUGAAGUUGUUGAUGAGCAUGUAAGUAGAAGAGGGUAUGAUGUGCAUGGUGAUGAUGAUGAUGACGAUGAACAGAAUGAUUUGGUAGACAUUUUGCUGAGGAUCCAAAAGACAAACGCCUUGGGGUUCCAGAUUGAUAAAACAAUCAUGAAGGCUAUAAUCCAGGAUAUGUUUGUCGGAGGCACUGAAACUGGCUCCACAAGCCUAGAAUGGAUAAUGACAGAACUCUUGAGGCACCCAAAUGUGAUGCAGAAGCUAAAAGAUGAGAUAAGGAAUGUGGUUGAUGGUAGAACUCGCAUAACUGAGGAAGAUUUAAACAGCAUGCCUUAUUUGAAAGCAGUGAUUAAAGAAAGUUUUCGAUUACAUCCCCCAGCUCCCUUGUUGCUUCCAAGGGAAUCCAUGGAUGAUGCCAAAGUGAUGGACUAUGACAUUGCAGCAGGCACACAAGUAAUAGUUAAUGCUUGGGCAAUAGCAAGAGAUCCUUGUUAUUGGGAAAAACCUGAAGAGUUUGAAGCAGAGAGAUUCUUAAAGCGUUCAAUAGAUGUGAAAGGACAUGAUUUUGAAGUGAUACCAUUUGGAGCAGGAAGAAGAGGUUGUCCAGGAAUAAUGUUUGCCAUGAAUAUGAUUGAGUUGGUCAUAGCAAACCUUGUUCAUCAGUUUAAUUGGGAAGUGCCAGGUGGAGUAAUGGGUGAUCAGACACUCGACAUGGCUGAAUAUGCAGGGUUGACCUGUGGUAGAAAAUUUCCUCUCAUAGCAUUUGCCUCUUACCAGGCAUAAGUUGAUGUUAAAGAUAAACAUAGUAACUUAAAAGAAAAAUAAGAGACUAUAUUCUCAACAUUCAUAG